AUGUGUUUGCACAGUGACCCCCACUUCGAAUGGGGCUCCUCAUUCGGACCUCGAUUUCCUCAACUCGUUAUCCACCACCGCAGUACCCGCGGAUGUCACCAGCUCCUCCACAUCGGCCGCAACACCCGAUGCCACGAAAACAACAGCGACCUCGUCCGAUCCGAAUGACAUCACCCAAUCGCUGGCCUUUAUCAAUCUCUCGAGGCAACUCGACGCCUCGAUCCCGGACUCUUUGGCUUCGACCCAAGCAGCCUACGAUGCUCUACUCGAACGCAAGACACCGACACCACAGGACGGUCAAACUGACCAGGACGACGACGAGAACAACGACGACGUCGACGCGGACGAGGACGACGGUCUGGACGAACGAGCGAUCCUGGACCUGUUGAACCAGAUGGAGAGCGCCGACAUGGCCGCGCAGGAAUUCGAAGGCAGAUUGAACAAGCUCUUACAGGGUCUGGAUGGCAUGUUGGAGAGUCUCGGCGCCGCGGGACAAAUUGGCGCUGCUGAUGAGGGGACUACUAGUAGCCAUAGCACUGCUCAGGACGACGUUUCACCCGAACCGGCACUCGGCUAA